AUGUCGCGGAAAGUGAGAGUCGCGAGAGACGGAAACCUGUUUCGGUCGGAUCGGACGGUCGGAUUGGAGUUUAGACCGCGGCGCGAAUAUAUAUCUCGAUCGGGCGCCGCGCGCGCACGAGGCAUUUCGAAUUGCUAGAACAGUGGCCUCCCAAUUUAACUUGGUCGCCGAGGCCUCCUCCGCCUCGUUCCGUCCGUCUGGUAGAAACUCCGCGGGUUCUCGUGCGUGUGUCCCCCUCGUCUAGAAUCGAAUGGAAAAAAAAAAAUGGGUCCGAGGUGGCAUAACGAAAAUAAAAUGAGAUAAUUUUUUGUCGGGUUUUUGUAUCCAACGUAUUUUUUUUUUUCUUUUUCGUCCAUUCCGAUGGGAUGGAAACUACUACUCCGUGUGCCGUUCACGCCGAAAGCAGCAGCCGAGAGGCCCGAGAGAGUAUUCGCGUUCCCAGCUACCCGUGUCGCGAGCAGCGGCCCUGCUGUCGCCGUGAUUCGCCUCUUGAGGCCGGCCAGCUCUCUCAGUGGUGCGUCGACGUUCGAAUCGCGACCUCAGCAUCGAUCACACGCCGAUACGUUGCGCUCCGUCGUCGUGCGAUCGCAUCGAUUCGCAAAGAUCGCGCGUUAUUUAUCGACGCCCGGGAGCGUCGCGUGCUCCGAUUCGCGCGUAUAGGUCGCGACGACGACGACGACGUUCGGCUUCGCCGAGGAGCCAACGAUGAGGGAUCUAAUAAUCGUUUCAAUCCGCUCGCUCGUUUAAUUAUUUCUCGAGAGAGAAGAGACACGUGUAUACCCCGUCUAAUGAACGACGGGCGCUGACGUGCGUAUAAUAAACUGUGCGGCCGCGAUCGGGUUGCAUCGAAAUACACGCGGGGGAAUUUUUUUCGUUCGCGCGAUAUUCCACCACGGUAUAUUCUCACAUUGCUGAUGUGCAAUUAAGACCGCAAUUUAAUUAGACCGCAACUUGGGCGCGACAACCGAGCGGAACGGGUGUCAGGUCCAAGCGAGAGAGAUCGCGUACGCGCGACGCGAUGAAGAUAGACGAGAGUGAAGACGACGCUCUUAAAAAAAAUGGUGUCGAAAGUGCCCAGCCUACAAUUGUCAGAGCUCCCAGAGAUAGGAGGAAAUUCAAUCAAAACGCGAGUGAUUUUACGAACAUUGGAGACUGGCCUACUUUAGGAACACAAACAGAGAGGAAAGCAACCUCCAUAUCUCCUCCGAAGCAAAAUGGUGUGCUCAAUGGUGAACCAAGUACUUCCAAGGCGUGCAGCACUACCGAAAGCAAAGGCAAGGAAAACAAGGAGAACAAGGAACAGAUUCAGGAUCAAGACGAUAGCGAUGAGCACAUGGAUAAUAAUGAAAAGAAAAGGAAAGCGAAUAAACAAAAAUGGGUCCCGCUUGAGAUUGACUUGGCACAGAACCGUGGGACUAUGCGAUCGCCAAGGUUUCAAAAUCACCGGGAAAGAAAUGGUGAAGCGAACGAUGGUGAGCACUGGCGUGAAAGGGAUUACGAUAGAUCGACGGGAUACAAUUCACGCGGAGGACGCGGUGGAAGAAAUUACCGAAGUAGAGGACGGGGCGGGCGCGGCCGUGGUGGUUUUAGACACCGAUACGAUCACGAGUAUACAAAUUAUACGACGGACUCUGCACAGACCCAAAAAUACGAACAUACGGACUCUGGAUAUAUGAUACCUUAUAUGGGAACAUGCUAUUUUAAUAGUGCAAGUUACAUAGAUACCACUACAUUAAAGGAGUACAUACGUAAACAAAUAGAGUAUUACUUUUCCGAAGAAAAUCUCGUGAAGGACUUCUUCCUACGUCGUAAAAUGAACAAGGAAGGAUUUUUGCCCCUCAUUUUGAUCGCAUCUUUUCAACGUGUACAAAAUUUAACGAUGGAUCUGGAGUUGGUGACGGUUGCAGUCAAGGAAUCUGAUAGACUAGAGGUGUUAGAAUCAGAAGAUGGAUAUAAGAUUAGGACGAAGUUUGACCCGGAAAUAUGGCCUAUUUCGGACAUAGCCAAUAAUAUUGCCUUUUCAGAUCACGCGGAACAGCCUGUCCCAGUUGAAAAUGAAGUAAUUCCUACCUCUGAAACUACAUUUUGCCCCGUCGCGAAGCCCUUAUCCACAAUGCCCGCUCCCCCAGUUCCUCGUGUGUUUGACUCUUACCAUUCCAUUUCGACAGUAAGAAGACAUAGCGAACCAGAGAUAAAUCCCUCCUCGAUGAACGAGAUUCUAAAUCCCGACGUGCCAGAGUUCGUGCCGACGGAAAGAACUAAUGGAUUUACCGCUACGAAUAAGAGUAAUCAAGCGAAGGCAAACAAAUUCAACUUCGACACGAUGAUAAAAGAGACACUGGCGAUCGCAGAUAUGUUUCUUCAUCCUCCUAAUAAUAAUCCAUCUAUGAAGAUAAAAGAAGACAAUAAAUCACCAGCCACAACAGAUUCUCUCACCUCGGACAGCUUGUCAGAGCGAAUGAACGGAGAAUUGGAUACAUUGAGCGACAAUACUUGGAAAGAGGUGAGAAGAAGAGUCAAGCAACCGCACAAGGACAGAACGGAAGAAAGAGAGAAAUCUGAAGCCGUUAAAAAUGUAGUACGAGAAGAGCUGGAUUUUCAAUUUGACGAGGAAUUCGACUCACCACCGCCGACUGGGCGACAUAAUGCCUUUUCGGAAUGGUCCGAAGAUGACGACGAUAAUGAAUUAUCCGAUAGAGACAUUAACAAAAUAUUAAUAUUUACGCAAACCAAUGCGGUAUCAUCUAGCAGAAUCCCAAAGCAUGAGGGCCAUGAUAGAACAGGAGACUGGAUUACGAGAGUAAAAAUGACUCAAGACUUGGAACAGCUUAUCAACGACGGAUUGAAUUAUUACGAGGAAGAAUUAUGGAGACAAAGUUUUCAAAGAUACGGCUCUUCUUCCUCCAUUGGGAGCUACAAAACGGUUAAUAUGAUUAGCCAAGAGGAUUUCGAAAAAAUGGCGCCAAAAGCUCCGAAGAAAGCGAAUCCGGAAGUUCCACCGCCACCCCCCUCCUUAGAAGAUUUAGAAGUUCCGCAGUCUGCUUCGUCGUUACAGCUUCCAAGCGUAAGUCCCGAGAAGAAGGAUAACAGAUCGGAGAAGAAUCGUUGGAGCGACAAACUGUGUUCGAGUGAAGGUCGAAGGAAUACUGCGCCUCGUUUCUUCGCCGUUGUGAAAGAUGGACCGUCUGUUGAUCCGAGAACGCCGCGAAAGAGGAAGACUCGUCACAGCAAUAAUCCUCCGGUGGAGCAUCACAUCGGCUGGAUUAUGGAUGUGCGGGAGCAUCGUCCCCGGACGUAUUCCACGGGGAGUAGUGCGGGCACAAGUCCUAACGAAGGUUACCUGGCUAGCAGUUACGGAAGUGUUCCCAGUAUCUGCGAGCAUCCGAGUCACGCUUUGUUGAAGGAUAAUGGAUUUACUCAACAGGCAUAUCACAAAUAUCAUUCGCGCUGCUUGAAAGAACGCAAACGAUUGGGUAUCGGACAGUCGCAAGAGAUGAACACUCUUUUCCGUUUCUGGUCGUUUUUCUUGCGAGAGAAUUUCAAUCGUACCAUGUACGAAGAAUUUAGAACUGUAGCCAAAGAGGAUGCUUGCGAAGGAUACCGAUACGGACUAGAGUGCCUUUUCAGAUUUUACAGUUACGGCUUGGAGAGGAAGUUCAGACAUACGUUGUAUAAAGAUUUUGAAAUGGAAACGAUGUAUGAUUACGAAAGCGGUCAGCUGUAUGGAUUGGAAAAGUUUUGGGCAUUUUUGAAAUACUAUAAGAAUUCUGAUCAGCUUCAUGUAGAUCCUAAAUUGCAAGAGUAUCUAUCGAAAUUCCAGAAUAUUGAAGACUUUAGAGUAGUAGAACCUCAAAUACACGAGAUGCUCCAAGCUGCGAGAAUACGUUACAGAAGCGUUUCUGAAAGCGCGAGGGAGGAAGAUGCCCCGACAAGCAGCGAAUGCCUACUCUCAGACGACAACAUUGCACUGCCAAACGCGCAAGAGUCGCAUUUACCGCAGCUUCGAAGUAGAGCUGGUUCUUUCGGUUCUAAAAUGUAUCACUUACGACGACGGAAUGACACGUUUCCGUCGUGCAGCAGCCAGCGAGAUCUCAGCAAGCAGCAGCCUCGAAACAGACAGAGUUCCGGUUUCUCUACGAAGCCCUUCGAGGCGAACAAAUCGCAAGUCACUGCCAGAGAACGAACUCAAUCCAGCUCCAAGUCUGAAGCGAGUAGCAAAUCUGUGACGAUUAAAGCAGAGGGCCCGUCUACUUCCCAAAAGUGAAAUCGGCGACGAGAAAGCCGCGCGGAUUUUGAAUAAUUUUGUUGUGAAAGCACUGGCAGAAGACUGUUGAAUCGCCCUUAAGAUGGAAAUGGCUAUAUAUAGUAUUUUCGAUAAUACACGUUAUUGAGAAGCAGUAUCGUAGGGAAGAAAAAAACAAAACACAGAAUGGAAAUUGCACCUCCAAUCCUAUUUGUGCGAUCUUGAAGAUUGUUGCUAUUGGAAAUAUUCAAAUCUACAAAAAAAAAAA